GCCUAAUUAUAAUCUGCAGAAUAAGCUUCAGCAAAGCAGAGAAUGGAGGUUUGGCCGGCAGGGGAGGGCUGGGAAGCAGCCGGAAGGGUCGCGUUGUUCGCUCUGCUGCUGCCGAUGUGCUGCAGGGCGAUAGCGGAGCCGAUCCACUAUUCCAUCCCCGAGGAGAUGGGCAGAGGCUCGCUGGUGGGGCCGCUGGCUCGGGACCUGGGAUUGAGCCCGGCGGAGCUGCCGGCACGCAAGCUGCGGAUCGUCUCUGGUGACGAGAUGCGAUACUUCACUCUCGGCAAAGACAAUACGAAUCUGCGAGUAAACGAGAGGAUAGACCGAGAAGACAUCUGCGGGGCCGUGUCGCCCUGUGUCAUUACUUUGGAGGCAGUCGUAGAAAAUCCUUUCAAUAUGUUUCACGCCAGCGUUACCAUCGAGGAUAUCAAUGACAACGCGCCUCAGUUUGACAGAGAGUUUGUUGCCAUAGAAAUGAUCGAGUCCACCCGUCCUGGAACCAGGUUCCCAUUGGGCAGUGGAAGAGACCCUGACGUUGGAACGAACUCAUUACAAAACUACCAACUUACCCCCAACCCGCUGUUCUCCCUUGUAGUGAAGGAGAGUCUUGAUGGGACGAAACAGCCGGAAUUAGUGCUGGAGAAAAGUUUAGACCGAGAAAAGCAAAGAAAUCACCAUCUGAUACUGACAGCGUUGGACGGCGGGGAUCCAGUCCGAUCCGGGACCAUCCAGAUUAAGAUCAAUGUGACCGACGCAAAUGACAACACACCAGUAUUCACCAAAGAGGUCUACAAGGUAGGGCUGCUGGAAAACCUUCCAGAGGGCUCCUUAGCUUUUCAGGUGAAAGCUACUGAUAAUGACGAAGGCACAAAUGCAGAAAUUACCUACUCCUUUAGUGACAUCACAAACAGUGCUCGCCAGCUCUUCACUCUGGACUCCAGGACGGGGGAGGUGAGGGUUACAGGCCCCUUAGAUUAUGAAGAAGGAAAACAUUAUGAAGCGACAGUUGAAGGAAAGGAUGGGGGCGGGCUGAGUGCUCACGCCAAAGUUCACAUUAACAUUCUAGACGUGAACGACAAUGCACCAUCCAUUUCUCUCCUGCCUAUCUUAAACCCAAUACCCGAAGACUCGGUCCUCAGCACCGUUGUAGCUGUGAUCAACAUCCGUGAUAAAGACUCAGGGGAUAACGGAGCAGUGAGCUGUAACAUCGAUGGGGAUUCGCCGUUCAAACUAGACACUUCAUCAGAGAACAUCUAUAAACUAAUAACAGCCAGUGAACUAGACAGAGAAACGGCCUCUGGCUACAAUAUCACCAUCACUGCCAGGGACCGGGGCAUCCCGGCGCUGUCGAGCAGCGCUGAGCUGGUGCUGGAGGUGUCGGACGUGAACGACAAUGCACCAGUGUUCGAGGAGGAGGUCUACAACGCCUACGUGGAAGAGAACAACGCGGCAGGAGCGCAGGUGCUGAGCGUGCUGGCUCGGGACGCGGACGCGGGCGCCAACGGGCGCGUCAGCUACUGGCUGGAGAGCAGCAGCACAGGCAAAGUUCCUGCGCCUGUGUCGGUGGAGGCGCGGAGCGGCGCCGUGUACGCGCAGCGCUCCUUCGAUUACGAGCAGUGCCGCGAGUUCACGGUGACGGUGCGAGCGCAGGACGGCGGGGUGCCGGCGCGCAGCUCCACGGCCACGGUGCGCAUCUUCGUGCUGGACCGCAACGACAACGCGCCGCGGGUGCUCUGGCCGACGACAGCAGCGGCGGCAGGAGGCGAAACGCCGCCCUUCGAGGUGGUGCCGCGCUCGGCAGAGGCCGGCUACCUGGUGGCCAAGGUGGUGGCGGUGGACGCGGACGCGGGGCGCAACGCGUGGCUGUCGUACGAGCUGGUGCAGGCGGCGGAGCCGGCGCUCUUCCGCCUGGGGCUGCACAGCGGCGAGGUGCGCACGGCGCGGGCCGUGUCGGAGCGCGACGCGGGCAAGCAGCGGCUGGUGGCGCUGGUGAAGGACCACGGGCAGCCGGCGCUGUCGGCCACGGCCACGCUGCACGUGGUGCUGGCCGAGAGCUUGCAGGAGGCGCUGCCGGAGCUGAGCGAGCGCCCGGCGGGCGUGGAGUCGCCGGCGGAGCUGCAGUUCUACCUGGUGCUGGCGCUGGCGCUGCUCUCGGCGCUCUUCCUGCUCAGCCUGCUGCUGGCCCUGCUGGCGCGGCUGCGGAGGGCCGGGCCGCCGCCCGUGCUGCGCUGCCUGGGCGCGCAGCGCUUCUCUCUGGCCAGUGCCGCCUUCCCGGCCGACUUCUGCGAGGGCACCUUGCCCUACUCCUACAACCUGUGCGUGGCGCCGGGACGCGCUGUGACCGAGGCCUCCUGUCUGCCUCCGCCGCCGCCCAUCCUGUCCACGGAGGAGCUGCCGGGCGGGGAGUCUUGCGAGAAGCAGAACCCGAGCAGCAGCAGCGCUGUCGCUGGGGACCCGCCCGCCGGCCCAGGCACCACACAGCUGUGGUACAAUCAGACAGAAGGGGUCAAGUUGACCAACUGUCAGAAACCAGUGAGCGUGGUAGAGAACGACAUUUGA